UCUCGUUUCAAUUUAGGUCUUAGGAGUGUUAGGAGUUAGGCGAAUAGUGAGCUAGAAACUCACGUAGUUGCUCGUUGCACAUGUAGAGUGUUGUCCAAAUUAAAUGGAUAACACGACGUCUUUGGAGCUCGCCCUAGAGGGCGAGCGCUUGUGCAAAUCGGGUGACUGCCGUGCCGGUGUCGCUUUCUUCGAAGCUGCGAUUCAGGCCGGCACAGACGAUCUGAAGACCUUAAGUGCCGUCUACAGCCAACUGGGAAAUGCGUAUUUCUACCUGGGUGACUACUUGAAAGCCAUGCAAUAUCAUAAGCAUGACCUGACGCUUGCUCGAUCAAUGGGAGAUAGACUUGGUGAAGCUAAAGCCAGUGGAAAUCUUGGGAAUACGUUGAAAGUUAUGGGAAAAUUCGAAGAAGCUAUCCUGUGCUGCCAACGACACUUGUAUAUAUCCCGACAACUGGACGACAAAGUUGGAGAAGGACGAGCCUUGUACAAUCUUGGCAAUGUGUAUCAUGCUCAGGGGAAACAUUUGGGUCGCCUGGGCCAGCAAGACCCAGGAGAUUUCCCCGAAGAAGUUCGUCAGUGUUUACAAAGUGCUGUUAAUUAUUACGAAGAUAACCUGAGGCUGAUGACGGAAAUUUCUGAUCGUGCAGCUCAAGGACGGGCGUGUGGCAAUUUAGGCAAUACUCACUAUCUGCUGGGGAAUUUUACACAAGCUAUCAAUUACCAUCAAGAGAGACUCAAAAUAGCGAAGGAGUUCGGCGAUAAGUCUGCGGAACGCAGAGCUCAUUCAAAUCUUGGCAAUGCACAUGUGUUCCUCGGAGAGUUCGAAGUGGCAGCUGAGCAUUAUCGAAGGACUCUCUGGCUCGCCCAGGAACUUGGUGACAGGGCAGUUGAAGCUCAGGCAUGCUAUUCGCUCGGAAACACGUAUACUUUGCUCAAAGACUACACGACUGCGAUUCAGUUUCAUUUGAGGCAUCUGAAGAUCGCUCAGGAAUUGAUGGACCGCGUAGGAGAAGGGAGAGCGUGUUGGAGUUUGGGGAAUGCUCACGCUGCGAUCGGCGAAAAUCAGACCGCGUUGAAAUACGCUCAAAAGCAUUUAGAGAUCUCGAAAGAUAUCGGGGACGAGACCGGUUAUGCCACCGCGCAAAUAAGCGUUAAUGAGUUGGAGAAAGCUGUGGAGGAUUGCAGUAGCGUCAGUGGGAGUACUCCCCUUGCUGUCAGACGCCGUUCCAUGGAAAAUAUGGACCUCCUUAAGAUGACACCGGACACCGCAAACGGAGGCCCAAGAACGCCUAAUCUCAAAGAAAGGAGCGUCACUGUUGAUGAAGGAUCUGGUAAAAUGAAGCUACCCCCAUUGCGGCAAAUUGAGAAUGGGCUAUCAGGAAACGAAUGCACGCCUGGAGUUCAUCGUGAGGAGAUGAAGCAUAACAUGUCAGCGGGGAACUUCGAGGAUCCAGAGCAAGAGGACUUCUUUGAAUUGGUUUCCCGAUUUCAGAGCAAAAGGAUGGACGAUCAACGCUGUCCUAUUUUCGAAGAGCCCGAAGAUAAUAUGGGCAGUAGAGCUAGUCGAUUGUCCGACGAUUCUUUGAUGACGGCUGAGGAUCGGGCGGUGGCAGCAGUGAAAGAAGACCUCCUUGAGAUGAUCGCUGGAAUUCAAGGAAAGAGACUAGACGAACAACGGGCCUGCUUGCCUGGACUGAAUCCUAGCAAGGAUAAUGAAUUCAUCAUCAAAAGAUUGUCGAUUGCUUCGUCCGUCGGAGGCAGCACGAGCGGAAAAAAUUUUCCCGACGAUGGCUUCUUUGAUCAGCUAAUGCGCUGUCAGGGUUCACGUAUUGAAGAUCAGAGAUGCUUCCUGCCGGGCGGAAACCGUGUGAACGGAGCCGCAGUGACUAGCGAAAAUAAUAGGAUGCAAGUGUUGCCGCCGCCACCACCGAAGGCGCCCACAGUACCCGACGAAGAUUUCUUCAGUUUGAUCAUGAAGCUCCAGUCGGGUCGCAUGGAAGACCAAAGGUCUGCCCUUCCACGUAACGAAGAUCGGCGUCGAAGCGAAGGCGGUAGUCCUGGUGCUAGGGCGCACGACCCGGAUCACCCCGGGCGGGAGAUUGAAAAGUCGUCCAGUGUACCGAAGCUAAUCAAAGUAACGAAGAAAUGAUGAGGAGAAUUCGUUGAAACAAAACAAAAGUUUUGCUUGUUUUUUUUUUUUUUUCACUGCUCUUCCCUCAGGCUUUUAGCGGUGGAGUGUUUAGGUGUUUCUUGAGGAUAAAUUUGACCCCGAUAACAUUUUAAUGGGCAACUUCGUCGUGUAGAAGUAACUGAAUUCUUUCAUCCGCUUCCUGAAGCUACAGUAUUUUCUCGUUUGAAAAUUAGAGGAGCUAUUUGAACGGGAACGAGACGAUUUUUUUACGGCAUAAGACGAUACAUUUCAGUGAAGCUUAGGUUUGGCGCAUCGUCUCAUAUUUUUGAUGCUGUGUUUCCCACCUUUUUCGUGGAUAUACAAUAUCAAUGGUUAGAUAUAGAAAAGGGGAGGAAAUGUGACAAUCGGAGCUUCUUUGUCCUUGUAUUGGUAUUAUUGUUGUUGCAUACCGAAACACCGAUGAAAUUGAACAAUACUCAGUGUGAAGAGAGAGAGAUGAAAAUCUUGAAAAAGUGUAGUUUUGGGCUUCCCGACCCUCAAAUGGCAGCCGAUGAACUGUAAGUGUUCAUCCGUUUUUAUCGAUUUUUUUUUUUACUUGAAAGAAUGAACUCAGUCGAAAGAUGUGUGAGAUGGUUUUCGUUGUUCUGCGUAUUGUACCGUGAUUGUUCAGGUUGAUUUUUCUGUGUUCUGUAUCUUCGAAUCGCAGCUUUUUCGUUGGAUGAUCUUUUGUCGCCGGUUGAAUGUUUGUGGAUUAUCGAUUAAAUUAGUCCUAAUUUUUUUACUUUGGCAUUCAGAAGACUAAUGAGUCUAGAUAUAUUUUCCCUUGAUCCCAGGUUCGAAAGUAGAGGACUGCAUUUGUAGAAUUCUGUUAAAAUCAGACCUUUCACGGACAGUACUUUCAGGAAUUUCUCCACGAUUUUUAUGGUUAUUCCGCUUCUUUUGAAAUUAGCUAGCGCUGUAUUAUAUACGUUAUGCAAUUGAAGUCCUAUUUCACAUGAAGUAAUGCCUGUCGUUGUGGUAUUUCUGCGUUCUGUGGGCGAGUUUUUCUUUAUCCCUAACCUGAAAUGUGUUUGAUAUUUUAUUUAUGAAAAUUUCUGAAGUUAAUUUGCGCGUGAUCCUGAAUUUCUUAAUGAAUUCUUCCCAAGAGUGUUCGAUCUCGCGCGUUUCCUGGCUAUUUCAUCGCUCAAAUUCCCUCGAGCGUAAUCAUUCCGUGUUGACGCAUUUUUGUCAAGACAGAUGAGAAAAUAUCCUGUCCGAAAAGUGCUGCCUUGUUUUACUGAUUUCCCUUGACAAGCAAUGUUAUCGAUUCGUUGCAAUGUGCAAGGUUCAUCUGUACAAAAAUUGAAAAGAAAGGCUUGCGAUGUUGUGGUUGGCUGACCCUGAGAGGUGAUUUUUGUAUGCGUUUUUAUUCGAGAAUUCGUAUGAAUAAACCCCGAUCCCAUGCUGUUCCUCAAUGAAUUUGCUGAGUAAAUGUGCGGAAUAGCGCCAAGAAUCAUUUCCAGUCCGUCGUCGAAAGAGAUCGUCGAUGAAGCACGUUUUUCUAUUUUGUCAUUGACUGUGAAUUGAGUUUUUUCGAUUCAAUAUCAGUGUUAGAUCCAUUCCUCGCUAUUCGACCUAGGUUUAAAAGUUUCCCUGUAGUUCAUGAUUUCUUUGCAACGUGGAUUAGUCACAUUCCGAGCCCGAGAGAUGAGAAUGAAUAGAAACUGUUACCGCGCUUUUCCACCCACGUGGCUUUGCUUGAGAUGGCCUAAUUUUUUUUAGAAGAAACAUUUUAAUGCAAGGCUUGAACCGCGCAGAACUUCAGUGAUUAAAUUUUGCUUCUACAACC